AUGGCUAUUCCAUUCAGACAGACGCAGCGCCAGCAGUCGCGACAACUGUCGACUGACCCUCGCAAUGAGCUUCACCCUCAAGUCGACCACUACAUUGGAAUUGAUGUGGGUACUGGUAGUGCCAGAGCUUGCAUCAUGAACGAUCAAGGUGAUAUUGUAGGACUGGCAUCGGAGAACAUUGGUCUCUGGCAGCCACAAACUGGUUAUUAUGAACAAUCCACGACAGACAUUUGGCGAUGCAUCUGCUCUUCAGUCCGUCGAGCAAUAGACCAGCACAAUAUCGACCCGAAUACCAUUCGUGGAAUUGGCUUCGACGCCACAUGCUCUCUUGCUGUCUUCAGGGACGACACCGACGAACCUGUCCCAGUCACCGGGCCCAACUUCGAUAACAAAGAUGGCAACGACCGCAACGUCAUUCUUUGGCUCGACCAUCGGCCUGUAGAGGAAACGAAUAAGAUCAAUGCCACCAAGCACAACCUGCUUCGAUAUGUUGGAGGCAAAAUGUCAAUUGAGAUGGAAAUUCCAAAAGUGCUUUGGCUCAAGAACAACAUGCCAAAAGAGCUGUUCGACCGUUGCAAGUUCUACGAUCUAACGGAUGCACUUACACAUCUUGCUACUGGAAGCGAGAGCAGGAGCUAUUGCAGUGUUGUCUGCAAGCAAGGCUUCGUACCAGUCGGCGUUGACGGAAGUGUGAAGGGAUGGCAGGAGGAUUUUCUCAAGGAGAUUGGUCUUGAGGAAUUGUGCGAGGAUAACUUUAAGCGCAUGGGGGGUGUUGAUAAUGUGAAUGGGCGUUAUCUCACUGCCGGUGACCUCGUCGGUACGCUCAGCGAAAAAGCCGCACAAGAAAUGGGCCUCCAGCCCGGUAUCGCAGUCGGUAGCGGCGUCAUCGAUGCUUAUGCCGGCUGGAUUGGCACUGUUGGCGCCAAGGUCAAGCUCGACGAGGACACGCUCGAUAUGGAUCAACCCAAGAACGACGUUUCCCAAGCCUUUACACGUCUUGCCGCCGUUGCAGGAACCUCUACCUGCCAUCUCGCCAUGUCCCGCGACCCUGUCUUUGUGGACGGGGUAUGGGGCCCAUACAGAGACGUGCUCUUACCAGGCUACUGGAUGGCAGAGGGCGGACAGAGUGCAACCGGUGAACUACUCAAGCACGUAAUUGAGACACACCCUGCUUUCAACGAGGCUGUCUCUGUUGCUGAAACUUACAACACGAACAUCUACGACUACCUGAACGAACACUUACGCGAAAUGGCCGACAAUGAGAAAGCACCGCAUAUCUCCUGGCUCGGCCGCCACUUCUUCUUUUACGGCGACCUCUUUGGAAACCGCUCACCUAUAGCUGAUCCUAACAUGAAAGGAUCUGUCAUCGGUCUGAGCUCCGACAAGAGCCUUGACAGUCUAGCGCUGUACUACUAUGCCACAAUGGAGUUCAUUGCCCUACAGACACAUCAAAUUGUUUCAGCGAUGAACAAAUCAGGACAUGUUAUUUCAUCUAUAUUCAUGUCUGGAUCCCAGUGCCAGAACAGCCUACUCAUGGAGCUCAUGGCCACGGCAUGCGACAUGCCUGUGCUCAUCCCACGAUACGUACAUGCGGCUGUUGUGCAUGGCGCAGCUAUGUUGGGCGCAAAGGCCGCCAGUACAGACAAGGAUGGCAAGAGCGAGCCACUGUGGGAUAUCAUGGAUAGGCUCAGCAAGCCUGGUAAAACAGUAAAGCCGUUGACUGACAAGGCAGUCAAAAAGCUGUUGGAUGCCAAGUACAAGGUCUUCUUGGAGCAGUGCGAGGGACAGCAAAGGUAUAGGAACGAGGUUGAUGCAGCAAUCCAAGGAUGGAAGAGCACUUAA